AUGCAAUCUCCAAUUUCACCAUCUUGCAAGAAGGAAGAGCAACUGCAACUGCAAGUGGAAAAAGUUGCUCAAAUUUCGCAAAAGACAGAAGGCGCUGACAUGUUAACACCACCAAAUUCGUCCUCCUCGACUGAAACAGAGUCGACAUUGCUUACUAAACCACUUUCCCCAACCGCUUCUGCUCCGAACCAUCACGACUACUACUAUCAAGCACAUUUGAGUAAAGCACAAUUCAACUCAAUUUUGGUCAAUAGUGCCACCAACUUACUCAAAAUCUUGUACUCAAAGCAAAAACAACAUACUUGCGACACAGUUAAAACCAAGCAAUUCAUCAUUGAGAUUCUCAAACGGUCCAAAACAUCUAUCCAAUCGUUACAAUUGGCAUGUUUUUACAUAUACAAGUUGAUAAUCACCACCAAGAACUCACAGUUACCCAUCAAAUGCCAGCAUUUGUUUCUUGGAUUGGUCAUUAUCGCUUCCAAGUUUAAUCAAGAUUACAACUACUCAUUCAAAUCGUGGUGUAAGAUCAUUGGAUUGGAUGAAGAUGCUAAACAUAUCCAACACUUGCGCAGUGUUGAAAUUCAAAUACUUGGGUUAUUAAACUAUGAAUUGGGGUUGAUGGGCGACAAGUAUGAAAAUUGGUGUAAUAUUUUGUUCAUUUUUGGCUAUGAUUUCAUAAAGUACCAAAUUAUCAAACAAAGUUCUACAAUGAGGGACGAUAUUUUGUCCAAUGACUUGAUUUGGGAUUUGGAUAUGGUGUCAUAUACCGACAAAUUGUCGAAAUGGUGGCAAUUUUUCAACGAUUUGAACAUCGAUAAUUUGAAAUUUGUCAAGAUUAGAUUUGAAACUUACUUUUCACAACAAUUGAAUCAAAAGGUGUUUAUUGUUCAACAAGAAGCUGGUAGAAAGAGAUGCAGAGACGAUGUAACUGUAACCUUGUUUGAUCAUAUCAAGAAGAUCAAGGUUUAA